AUGGUGCCACUUGGGAGUUACACCAGUGUAGCGGGGCUCAUCACCCUCGGCACCUUCGUGUCUCUUGCUGCGAAGACAGUCAUGUUUGGCGGCAUGUGCUUCUGCCUGCCCUUGGCGCUGUACCUGGAGAAGCUGGACAAGGCGGCCACCGCCGCAGAGAACGGCGGGGUCAACGAACCGCUGCUGGCAGCGCCUGGCGAGGUGGCGAGGCCGCCGGCGGAGAAGAACAUGUUCCUGGCCAACCUGCCCAUCGCCAUUCCCACCUUCUUCGAUCUGGUCGCCACCGUGCUCAUGAACGUGGGCCUGCUCUACGUCACCGCCUCCGUCUACCAGAUGAUGCGUGGCGCGGAGAUGCUCUUCGCCGCGCUCUUCGCCGUCGUGUUCCUGAAGCGCAGCCUCAACAAGUACCACUACAGCGGCAUUCUGUGCUGUGUCAUUGGCAUCGGCCUGGUUGGGUAUGCCAGCACCAUGGCAGGCGAGGGCAGCGCCCACCACGUGGUCAGCCAGCGCGACAUCGUCUUUGGCAUGCUGCUGAUCAUCAUGUCGCAAUGCGUGCAGGCCGCCCAGCUCACCUUCGAGGACCAUUUCAUGUCCAACAUGGCGGUGCCGCCCCUGAAGAUUGUGGGUUUCGAGGGCGUGUUUGGCUUCUUGGCCAUGACCCUGGUGCUCAUGCCCGUGGUCCAGUUCCUGCCCGGCAGGGAGGGCCAGGGCAUCCACGAGGACUCCCUGGACACACUGUACAUGCUAUGGCACACCCCCUCCAUCCUGGCGGUGGUGCUGCUGGACCUGGUCGCCCUGCUGGGCCUCAACAUCUCCGGCAUGUGCGUGACGGGCCACUUCGGCGCCGUCUUCCGCACAGUGCUGGAAACCACGCGCACGCUGGCGGUGUGGCUGGUGGGCCUUCUGCUCUACUACACCCCCCUGGGCCGGGGCCACCUGGGCGAGUCCUGGAACGCCUACUCCUGGAUCCAGGCCACCGGCUUCGUGGUGCUGGUGGCGGGGACAGUGGUGUACGGCCGCGGCGACGACGUGGAGAUCGCGGAGGAGGGCCUGCAGGCCGAAUACUCGGACGCGCUGCUGCCCUCGCCCGCCGGCACCGGCGCGGCGGCCAUGCCCGUGUCCCGCCGCAUCGUCACGCCUACCGCCAUCCCCAUCUCCAGCAGCCUCAAGUCCACCAUGAACAUCUCCGCCUUCUCCAUGCCCAGCUCCAUGGGUCGCAGCGCGGGCUUCCGGCACAGGGACAUCCCAGUGAACAACGGCGGCAUCGCUUGA